UGUCGUCUGCUGACUUGACGUGACUUGACGUGAAAAGUCCUCAACUUUGUUUCCGAACAAAAAAGAAAACAAAAGAAAACGACCGAGAUCGUGGAAGGGAUAAAAAUUACAACAAAGAUCGUGACCGUGGCAAUAAUCGAGACAGCAAAGAACUUGUCAGAGACCGUGGCCGUGAGAGGAGAGAACGUGAAAGGAAGAGAUCACGCAGUUUCUCUCGUAGCCGUGAUCGUACAACAAGAAGACGUAGUUCCAGAUCUCGUUUUUGGAAAUCAGGUUUUUAGGUUGUUUCAAAAUGAUGAACAACUCAAAAUCAAAACACUCUAAUGACCCUACAAAAUCCAAACCUCGUGGAAAGCAAAAUAAAACUAAGAAGUCAUCCAAAAAGAAAAAUGCUGAUUCGGACAAUCAAGGAUCAUCUUCAAAGGAACAAGAUGAUGCAGUUUCUAGUAGUGCUGGUCGUUAUGUAAAUACUUUAGAACAGCCGUUGACUCGGCGUCCAUUUCGAAAUACUUCAAAUGAAGACACGGUUGAAACAGUUUAUGCUGAUUCAAAUCAUGUUCCACUGGUGAUCCCCAAAUGGGAAAAACCAGAUACUCAAAGAAAAUCUUUCCAUCUUGCAAGGGAUCCCCGCAUGACCUCAAAUCCCAUUAUGGAACGUGAUGAUGAAAUGGAUGAAGAUAUUUCCAAUGAAGCAUUUCCUCCGGAUUUGACAAAAAAGGAAAUAGUACAAAACGCAGAAGUACUAAAAUCAAUCGUCGACAUCAAUGUCGAAAAUGUUAAAAGUGAAGAUGAUCUUGGAAUUGGACAAAAUGACGAUUGGAAAAUUCGGUUUUGGAGUGAAGCAAAUACAACCACUGAAGAAGAUGGCGAAGAAAACCAAACAGCGGGCGGUAUUUCAGAUGAUAAUGAAACACCCAGAAUCUCUCCUGAGCAACAGUUGAUCUCAUCGGAACGUAAGGACGACGCGGAUGUCACUCCGGCGUCUGGCAUCCAACCAGGAAUGACAGUGCAGCAUUUGCCACCUCAGCAGCCUGCCCAGCCAGUUGUCACACAGAUUCCAGUAAUGGCCCAACAAAACUUGAUUCCCGUGCAAGCCAGCAGUAGCAGUAACAUUGGAGCUCCUGUGCCGACCUUAAUCCAGCCAUCGACGAGUUUUCUGACGCAAUCGGAUUCGAUGCAUCCGGUCGUACUGUUGCCUACAUCGGCUCCAUUGCAGCAACAAUUGCAGCCGACACCGGUAGUACCAAUUCACGGUCCUCAACCUUUGGUUCCACUUCCCAGAUAUAGGAUAUGCUACGGCUGCGGUGAAGCUGGACAUGAGUCAAAAAAUUGUCCAAAUCCCAAUAGAGCACGGCGAACGAGUUAUGUCCCAUAUGGCGCGUUAUAUGGACGGCACAAUACAGCACCGCUUCGAAGACACAGCACGGCCAUUGGAGCUCCUGUGCCGACCUUAAUCCAGACAUCGACUAAUGUUCUUACGCAAUCGGAUUCGAUGCAUCCGGUCGUGCUGUUGCCUACAUCGGCUCCAUUCCAGCAACAAUCGCAGCCUACACGCUGGCUGGAUGGCCAAUCUGCUUACACGGCUUCAGAAGUUGCCCCACAACAACAACAAUCUGUCACUCCGGCGUCUGGCAUCCAACCAGGAAUGACAAUGCAGCAUUUGCCACCUCAGAAGCCUGCCCAGCCAGUUGCCGCACAGAUUCCAGUAAUGGCCCAACAAAACUUGAUUCCCGUGCAAGCCAGCAGUAGCAGUAACAUUGGAGCUCCUGUGCCGACCUUAAUCCAGCCAUCGACGAGUUUUCUGACGCAAUCGGAUUCGAUGCAUCCGGUCGUACUGUUGCCUACAUCGGCUCCAUUGCAGCAACAAUUGCAGCCGACACCGGUAGUACCAAUUCACGGUCCUCAACCUUUGGUUCCACUUCCCAGAUAUAGGAUAUGCUACGGCUGCGGUGAAGCUGGACAUGAGUCAAAAAAUUGUCCAAAUCCCAAUAGAGCACGGCGAACGAGUUAUGUCCCAUAUGGCGCGUUAUAUGGACGGCACAAUACAGCACCGCUUAGAAGACACAGCACGGCCAUUGGAGCUCCUGAGCCGACCUUAAUCCAGCCAUCGACGAGUUUUCUGACGCAAUUGAAUUUGAUGCAUCCGGUCGUGCUGUUGCCUCCAUCGGCUCUAUUGCAGCAACAAUUGCAGCCGAUACCGGUAGCACCAAUUCACGGACAUCAACCACUGGUUCCACUUCCCAGAUAUAGGAUAUGCUACCGCUGCGGUGAAGCUGGACAUGAGUCAAAAAAUUGUCCAAAUCCCAAUAGAGCACGGCGAACGAGUUAUGUCCCAUAUGGCGCGUUAUGUGGACGGCACAAUACAGCACCGCUCCGAAGACACAGCACGGCCCGGUACAUCCACCCACCCACCCAUAGCGCUGGUUCAUCCAGAGGUGCGGCCACCGAAUCGUGGGAUGCUCCUGUCGAUGUUUGGGGACUGGGAAGCACCGCUAAUGGUUCAAAGACCUCUACAUCUCGUUCUGCAGCACCCGCCAGCAGCGAACCUGAUGACUGGAACGCUGCUACCAACAACUGGGGUUCCGUUCCAUCCAAUCGAACUGCAGCGAAAACGACGCCUAUUACAAGACCUGCAUCGAGUAGUGGCGCCUCUAAUGAUGAUUGGGGAGCUAGUGCUGAUGCGUGGGCAUCGGGCGGAAGUUCAGCUCCUCGUGGAAGAACAACACCAAGUGCAAGCCCAGCAGGAACCAGCACGGAUGAUUGGGGUGCACCCAGCAAAACGCCAACCAGUGGUAACGGUGCUGCGGCGGAUGAUUGGAAUUCCGGCUGGAGAUCUACAUCUAAUCAGUCGACUCACAAGUCCACUUUUGCUCCCAAACCUGGAGGUGGUGAUUACUGGGGAGCCAAAGCUGAUGCUUGGGCAAGCUCUAAGGAAAGUACCACUCCAAGCGCUAACAAAGGAGAUGAUUGGGGAUGCUCUGAAAGUUCAAGUAGUCCCUGGACAACUGGCGCAAAUGCUGCUCCCCAAUCAAGAGGUGGAAGAACUUCUUCACUGGGUGGAUCCAGAUCCGGUGCCCCUGCCGUCAGCCAACCAGGUCCAGUCGACGAUUGGGGUAUACCUAGUGAUACACCAGCUGCCCCACCUGCUACAACUACACCUCGUAGCGGUGCAGCAACAUCAUCAACCAACGACGACUGGGGUUCAGAAGCCGAUGCCUGGGCAUCUGGAACUAGUAGCAAGCCAACAACUCCGAGAGCUGCACCGUCCGCUAGUUCAUCUGGUGGUGGCGGUGAUGAUUGGUCAUCAGCAGCUGAUAACUGGGCCAGUGGAAGCAGCUCCAAGACCACAACGCCUAGUGCCAGCAAAUCGGAUUAUCCAUGGAGUGUCGUAGUUAACAGUGGAGGAUGGUCUUACUGCUCUAGAGGAAGAGGAGGAGGAACCAUGUCCUAUUAUAAUUCUCAGUCUAGCUUUGGCCCCAAUGGAGAGAGUAGCGACAAUCGCUCCCGAAACACUACAGCGCCUGUCAUUAAUGAUGAUUGGAGGCGUUCUGCCACCACAAGCAGCAGUCACUGGACUACGGGCAGUAGAAAAUUCAACGAUGACGCUUGGGGAGCUCCUGCAUCUACUCAAGGAGGCAGUAGAGCAGAUUUAAACGGAAGACGAAUCAAGCUUGUCGAGGAUAAAGAUUCGGGUAGACGCGGAUCUCGCCGUCGUUCUCGCUCUUCAUCGCGUUCCCGUUCUCGUUCCCGCUCACGUCGUCGCUCACGUUCUCGUUCCCGCUCACGUCGUCGCUCACGUCGUCGCUCACGUCGUCGCUCACGUUCUCGCUCCAGGUCCAGAAGCAAGAGCCGCAGUCGUUCAAAGAGGUCUGGAAGCAAAAGUCGCAGGCGCUCGAAAUCUCGCGGGCAUUCAAAGUCAAAGAGCAAGUCCCGUUUGCGUUCUCCGAGAAAGUCUCGAUUCAAGUCGAGGUCUCGCGACAAGUCUAUGGAUAGGUCAAAGAGCGAGUCACACUCACGUUCGUCAAGAAAAUCUCGCUCCAAGUCCAGGUCUCGUGACAAGUCAGUGGAUAGAGAUCGUUUUGUAUCUCGUGACAAGUCUGUUGAACGCGCUGCAUCGAAACAGUCGAGGAGCAGGUCAAGGAAGAGAUCUCAUUCUCGAUCCCGUUAACGAUCAGUAUCUCGCAGCCGAUCUGCCAGUGGCAGUCCACGCAGGGACGGUCGUGAUGAAGACGAGUAAAUGGAUAAUGGCAAUCGGCCAAAUCUCGAUAACCGCGAUUAAAGUGCGUCGUUUUAAGAGUUUCCCCCCUCCUUUUUUGACACCUAGUGAUGAAGGACCACUCUACGACCCCUACACUUUCCAAUCCUCUUCCCUGAACGUUGAAAAUUUCUCUGUUCCCUUUGCUAAUUUUUUGUUUUCGUUCUUAUCUCUCUAACCUUUGUUUUGCGAUAAUCAUCACUUUUUAGUAUCUUAAAAUUUUUUCUUUAUUCCAGCGCCGAUCCAGUAUGCACACAAGUUAGCGUACCUUGUUGGUGAAUCAAUGAUGACGCAACCACAUGAAGACUGAAUCGACAUCCUUAUUAUCUUUAAAUUACCUUUCAUUUAAUUUAUCCCUUAAGUUUUGUCAUUUUUAACGUGUUAAUUUUUUCACUCGUACGAAAGAACUACAGACCAAGUAGGAGGUUUUUCUUUACGUUUGUUUGUAAUAGCUGAUAUCGACAAUUUUCGUGCAAUUUUUUUUCUGUUCACCUACAUGGGCCAUGUCAACUCAAAAGUGUGAUAAUAAACGCCCCUUUGUGUCAUGUAAAAAUGUAAUCAAGGAACGAGCAAAUGCAAUAAACAUUUGUUUUUAAAUGA